AUGAUAUAUCCACAAGCACCUAACUUUGAAUCCAUUGUUCUGCAGAGACUUCGAAAUGCAGGGAUUCAUUAUGGUACCAGUACCUUUGAAAUUCGGCGUAUAGCUCAAUUAUCCAUCCUCUGUUUUCUAGUCACUAACGUGACCCAAGUAAUAGCACUAUUUAUGGCCAAAGAAGAUCCAAAUAAACUUUUCGCUUGCUUCAGCGUUUUAUCCUUCUGUUUAAUGGGAUUCCUAAAACUUUGGUCGUUAAUAGGAAACCAGGGAAGUUGGCGGUUCUUAAUUGCGAAAGCGUCGUUUAUGGAAAGUGAUCAGUUAAAAUAUAACCAAAACGUUAUGCCGGACUACGAAUCGGAUGAUGAGGAAGAAAAUCAUUUUUCUAAGCAUAUACAAAGCUAUACCAAGAAUUUUUUGACUAUCUCCACAUAUUUAAGUAGAAUUUACAGUUUUACAGCAGUAGUGUUCAUAGCUUCACCAUUUAUUGAAUAUAGAAUAUAUGUAUGGCAAGGAAAAGACGUUAUUGAAUCUCCACAUAUUUUGCCUGGUUGGGCACCCUUGGAGAUGUAUCCCUUUGGUUAUGGCCUUACCAUUUUAGCAGAAAGUAUUGCCGCCGUGUACUGCGUUAUGGUCCAUGUAGCUUUUGAUUUAACUGCAGUGGGUUUAAUGAUAUUUAUACGUGGCCAGUUUUCAUUGCUUUAUGCUUAUAGUGAGAAUAUUGGAGGUAUAGGACAAAAAUGUAAUUUAUCUAAGAAAAGGGAUGACCGCGCUCAUUUUAGAAUAAUAAAAUGUCAUCAAAUACAUGUGUCAUUGUUAAGAUCAGUAAAGGAAUUGGGAAAGCUAAUUGAAAAUAUUUUGGGAAUUUAUUUUUUCGUAGCUACUCUCACUUUGUGUUCUGUAGCGGUGCAAUUAAAAUGGCAGCAACUGAGCGCUACGCAGUUGAUAUCCCUUUUGCAGUACAUGUGCGCAACAUUAACGCAGCUAUAUCUUUUCUGUCAUUAUGGAGACGCGGUAUUUAAUGAGAGUUCCGUUACCUUGGGCAGUGGUCCAUUUUCUGCAGCGUGUUGGUGCGUCAGUUCAAAGAUAAGGCGUGAAAUAGCAUUGCUUUGCGUAGGCAUGUCCCGACCUUGCAGGAUGAGGGCAGGGCUUUUUAACUGGCUUGAUCUGCCAUCUUUUAUUCAGCUCAGGAUGGGCGUUUGUUCAGCAUGGUACGGUAGAGCAACAGUCAGGUUGUCGUGGUUAAAUGCAUCGUACGGGCAGCCUACAGUUAUUAUGCAGUACUACGACAAACAUCAGAAUGAAUUACUCUCGUCACUCACUUGUAAUAAACAUACUCGUAUA